GCAUGCUGCGCAGCUGCCUUCGCCUCAAGUCGACCGUUGCGGCCGCGCCAAAGCCAGUGACUGCGAUCCCCAACGCGCCCGAGACCGGCGUUGGCCCACUGCGCUCGAGCAUGAUGUACUUCUCCAAGGGCGGCGGCUUCCAAGUCCUCUUUAAGCACCUAAGAUCGCUCCACGACACGAUCGGACCCAUUCUCCGCGUGCGCUUUGUGCCUUUCGGGCCGCACAUGGUCAGCGUCACGGACCUCGACGUGAUCGCGCAGCUCCACCGGAACGAAGGUCCAAUCCCGCUGCGUGGCGCGAUGCCCGUGUGGGAAUACUAUCGCCAAGUCAAGAAGUGGCCGCGCACGACGAUCACGACCAACGACUAUGCGACGUGGAAGAAGAUGCGGUCGAGCUUGAGCGACCACGUGCUGCAGCCGCACAACAUUGGCCCGUGGCUGCCGCGCAUCGAUGCGAUCGCUCAAGAUACCGUUAUGCGCUUCCAGCGCGAAGCCGCGGCGUCGCCGACUGCCGACGUCAACGUGACGCACACGCUCAAGGCAUAUACGCUCGAGUCGGUGAGCUCGGUGCUAUUUGGGAAGCGCAUGGGCUGCUUGUCACCGGACCACUUGACGCCGAUCACGCCGGCGGCCGAGCGCUUUAUCAACGCGGUCGUCGGCUUCUUCGAGACGACGCAGGCGCUCGUCAACCUGCCGCCGUCGAUGCCACCGGUUCUGUUUUGGCUCUUCCCGGCCUUUUGGAGCCACGUGGGCCACGCCAACGUCAUUUUUGAGAUUGGGGUUGAGCUCAUGACCGAGAAGCUCGCGUCAACCGAGACGACCGCACCCGACUUGCUCACGGCGUUCCUCUUGCGACCCGAGCUCACGGAGCGCGAGGCCGUCACGCAGUGCAUCGACCUCCUCUUCGCCGGCGUCGACACGACGUCGCAAGGCAUUCUCUGGACGCUGUACGCGAUCGCGUCGUCGCCAAACGCUCACGACCUCCAGCGCCGGCUCCACGACGAAGUGGCGGCGGCCAUGGGCGACAAGGCGCACAUGGACGAAGACACUUUGUCCAAAUUGCCGCUCGUGCGCGCGUGCGUCAAGGAGGCGCUGCGACUCUACCCCGUCUUUAGCACGUCCAUGCGCAUCAUGCGCGACGACACGACGCUCCUCGGGUACAGCGUGCCAAAGGGCACGCAAGUCCUCUUGCCGAUCUACGCCAUGAGCCGCGAUCGCAGCGUCUUUGCCGAGCCCGACACGUUUGUGCCCGAACGCUGGCUUCGCCGCGACACCAAGAGCGCCGCUGACCGCAAGAAGGCCGCGUACGCGACGCUGCCCUUUGGUAUGGGCGCGCGGAGCUGCGCGGGCCGGCGCCUCGCCGAGACAGAGCUCUACUUGCUGCUCGCACACAUGGUGCGAACGAUGCGCUUCGAGUGCAGCCCCGGCGCUGACCACCCCGAGCCGAUCGUGCAGCUCGCGCUCACGCCCGACAAGCCGCUCGUGCUCCGCGUGACGCCGUGGUAGUCUGCAGGCUCCGAUAGGAGCGUACGACAAGCCA